CGCAUGUCAAGCACAAUAUCGCAAAUGACUGCAAAUUCCCAAUUAAGCAAGCAGUCGUGUUACCAAGCUUCAAUACUCUCGAGUCCAUGUGAGCCAAGGUUCCGGAACUAAACCGCGUGCUUUCUGCAGAGACCAAAAUUUAGUCGUUCUUUUUUUGUUUUGCUCGGUGCUUCUUCCAUCACAACAUGCCGACGUACAAAACCAGCCAGGAAUGGCUGGAGCAAUCCGCCCUUCUUAUCAAAUCUAGCCCUUCCACGGAUGAUCCGCGGGGACCCUUGCUAUCCCACGUUCCCCAGAUUGUGACCCCGCCCUCCAGAGCUAACCCGGCAGCACAGACUCGAGUCACCACAACCUACUACGUCAAGCCGCCGAAAUCCAGACCAGCGAAGCCAGCAGCAACAUCGGGCGCCGACUCCUCGGCCAGCGCAGACGCAGACACCCCCAUGACCGAAGCCCCGGCCGCGAAAGCGCCACGCGGCCGCCUAGUCCUCAAAACCUUCGACCCCACACUCGGAGUCACGCUGAGAUACCGCACCCACAAGGCCGCCGAGAUCUCGCGCCUUAUCCUGGCAGUAGGCCGGCUCAGCAGUGUUAUGGCGGGCUUGCCGGAGGUUCGCGAGGAGGAGAUGACCGACGCGCCUGCCACCGCCGCCGCUGCAGCGACGACCCCGGCGGGCACCAAGGGAGAGGAGCAGACGUCGGCCGUGGAGGCCAAGCCGACAGCCCAGCCACAGCAGGCAUCUUCGCGGUCACAACAACAACCACAACAACAGCAGAGUGCGCAAGGAAGUGGAGGCGGCGGUGGAGGGAAGAAGAAAAAGAAGGGAAAGAAAUAAAACAAGAGCAUCAGGGUAUGAGUUGGGAUGGACAUAUGGUACACCCUGUAUUGUCCGUGGGUUUGCCUACUUGCGAGCACCUGAGAUGUCCAAGGCGUUGCAUCUGAAAAACACAUUGAGAUAGCUGGCGUCACGUCCAAAUUUCUCAUUGACUCAAUUACCUGGAAUGCUUUGCUAUACGAACGACAUAAUCCUUCAGUGCCUCAUAAUGUCCUCCCAUACCUUUUGCCACCAGCCAUCCAUCCAAUGAACC